GAUCAGUAGGAACAUCCUUUCUCUUGGCGUUGCCAAUUUGAUCGUGCCUCGUUCGGUGGUUGGAAAACAGACAUCGUCACUAUUUAUCAUUAUUGAUUGGCAUCCCAUUCACGUGCCGGGUGCCGGUUUACUUGUUACACACUCUCUACGUACAAGCCGCUACAUUCAUCAGUGACCUAUGCGCCUUUGUAAAUGACAAUAGGUGUUUAUUAAACCCUUUAGAACCUUUGACACGCACCACCUAAGACGGGAAAAGCUCGGAUCACUUCGGAGAGCAAAAUAAAGACAAAUGGGUGCCUCUUUAUUUAAAGAUGUGGUGUAGUAACUAAGUGAGCUACGACAAACGCCGUGUUGUGCUAUCCGCGUUUGAGCAGAGGCGACAGCAGACUACAUACUCUGGUAGCUAUCGCUGCAUCAUUUGACUUCGAUUGUUCUUUGCGUGGAAUGUAACGUCCAUACAUCCCGUGGAUUGUAUUAUUGAAAUCGUUUACUGUUUCAGCGAGAUAAAUUGUUAUUGUAGUUUUCGUCUCUGUGCUGGGAUGUAAAAUACAGCAGCUGGGACUUUAAAACAGGUGAUACAUUCAGCCAGCAGCGAGCGAAAUUAUUAAUGAACAGAUGAGUAUCUGAUUGGAAGUGCAGGUUGCGGUUAUGGAAGCUUGACAGCUAGCAUCAGGGGGAGUGCUGACCGAUUUUAUCACGAUCCAGGCAAGGUUAUUAUCAUACGAGGGAGAAAAAAAAACAGGACAAUAUAAAUAUUCUGUGCAGCAUUUGGAUACACGAAGGAUAUUGUGCACCGUCUCUCCAUGAUGGCCAAUAACAUGGAGCAUCUCGAGCGAGAGCUUAUCUGUCCUCUCUGCAGUGAUUACUUCACCACGCCCCUUCUCCUUCCCUGCAAUCACAACGUGUGCCAUCGAUGCGCCAAGGCACAGCUCACGGGCAACUCCGGGCGUUGCAGUUUCCACGCCUCCAGCGAGAGCCUCCAGUCCACCGACACCAAUCAGGAGACGACCACGCCCACUUCCUCGCGGCCAAGCAGUGCAGCAGCCAAUCGCAAGGCGCGGAAGCCAUCUCUGACGUCACUAUCAAGCACGCCCACCUCUCCGUUGGACACGCCCGGCGGCGGCUUUAACACGGCGACCAGGAGCUCCAUGAGGAGAUCGUUUCGGGAGCGGAAGAGCGUGACGGGUUCGGGUCCGAUUACACCCAGAGAUAAAGUGAGGACGAAAUCCAAGAAGCCGGGCACACCUGGCACACAAUCCCCAAGACCGGAAUCGCCUAUAUCCGAAUCGCCCCGCCCAGGUUCCCCUAGAGGGGAUGUAUUGGCAGGUCCACCUGAGACCCCAAGGGGACGCAAGGGAUCUACAGGGAGCGUGACCAGUAUGGGGAGCAGAUCAGAUUCCUUCAGCGGAACCCUAGGAAUGAGAGGUCGGACGUCAUCGACGGGGAGGCUGAAUGGCACGACGGCGACGUCGAUACGCUGCCCGACCUGCGAUGAAGAGGUCAGUCUCGGGGAGAAGGGCAUCAAUGGUCUCUUCAGGAACUUCGCUCUGGAGGUCGUCGUUGACAGGUAUAAGUUGGCAGCCAAGAAGGCGGCCAGUAUCCCUUGCGGUUCCUGCAAGAAGAGGCCACCUGAGGAUGCGGCUAAAAGCUGCCUUGAUUGCAAGUCCCCUUACUGUACUGAGUGCUUUGCUACCUACCAUCCUUGGGGGACACCAAGGGCACAGCAUGUCUGCAUCGGACCCACCUACAACUACAGACCAAAGACCCUGAUGUGCAAUGAUCAUCAUGGAGAGAAGAUCACCAUGUACUGCGAGGGAUGCCACAAGCCGAUCUGCCAUAGGUGUAAGUUCAGCGGAGCCCAUGCUGAUCACAAAGUAUCUAUCAUCGAGAGAAAGUACGCCUCAAUGAAGGAGAAGAUGGAGCAGACGAUACUUGCCAUUGCUAAAAGGCGCCAAAAUAUCUCAGGCCAGGUCGCCAAACUUGAGAAGAUCUCCUCCUCUAUUGAGGAGCAUUCGGAUGCAAUGCAGAAGGCGCUGGCCGAGGCUUUGGAACUGUUACAAACAACGCUAAGCGAGAAGCACAAUGUCCUGACGCAGAGGGCGUCGGAGGAGGUGACCCGAAGGACACAGAAUAUUCGCAAGGUGUUAGACACCUACAAGGAGGUCCUCCAGGGUUGCAGUGUUGCCGACUUGGCGUCUGAACUGCUCAAGGAGACGGACAAGGCUAUGUUCGUACAAGCUGCCAAACCGCUUGUAGGAAGAUUGGUGCAAACGGCAAGAUCCCUCAAGCAGACAGAGGAGAUGAGUGACAACUACGAAACCUUUGGUGACUUCACCCUCGACUCAACAGCUGCUCUCAAAUCCCUCCAGGAACUCGAUUUCACCAAAGCUCCUGGCAAGCCAGUAUUACAGCCGAAAUCAUCCAACCGUUGUACCUGUCUCGAAUGGACGCCAUCGGCCGAUGGGGGCGCUGUUGCCUCUUACUCUUUGGAGUACAUAAAGCUCGACCCCAAACAGACGACAGACGAAGGUAUAGAAAGACCGACCAGCCUACCGCUCAACAACGCUAGCGACGACCAAGAUGAAUCCGAGAAUGACGAAAAUUGGACCACGAUUUCGGGACUGACGGAAUGUCAGUAUGAGCAAAGCAAUCUAGAGAUGAAUUCUUCGUAUAAAAUUCGGGUGAAGGCUGUUAAUCCUGCGGGGACGAAAUCAAGCGAGUGUAUACUUUUGAAAACACCGCCAGCUCCAGUGCUGCCUUUCAAGUGGAUCCAGUGCCAAUCCAGCGUUGCUCAUACAUCCUCAAAGAUUCGAAAGGAUGGCCAGGAGGUCCUCGUCUCACCAACAUCAACAUUGUUCUCCUCGAACUCCAGCUCGUUUCCGACCUCGCCCAUCGCUCUCGAACCCGUCCACUUCGUGGGAGACAAGAAGCUGACGAUGGGGAAAAACUACUGGGAAGUCCAAGUUGACAAGUCCACUCUCGCUAUCCACGUCGGCAUUGCCAGUGAGCGCAUGGCCGAACGCUUCAGCCGCAGCAACGGCGGAGACGCCAUUGCUGAUCGCGACAGCGGGCAUGACAGUAGCGACGAACUGGACGACGAGGUUUCGUUGCAGGAUCCCACCGUAUUCGUCACGCAUUGCAUGGGUAAGCUGACACUGCCGUCUCCGACGUCGUCGCCAAAGAAGAACUCGAGCAGGGCACCGUUGAAGGCUUCAAGUCCCAGGUCGUGUAAUAUUGAGUCCAAUGUUAUUGGUGUUCUCUUGGACGCUGAGGCUGGGAAAGUGUCCUUCUAUGAUGGUUCUUCCAAGGAAUGUCUCUUCUCGAGGAAGAUCAAGGUAACCGGUGUGAUCCAACCCGCUAUAUCCAUCAUCGGGUCUGGAACAGCUAGAAUCAAUUAAUGAUGGACAUGACCGCGAUCACUUCCCCCUAAACAGAUACAAAUAUACAUUGAAUUGUUCUGCUUGAAGAAACAGUAGUCGUUUUUAGAAAUUAUAGAUACAAUACGAGAACUAAACAUUAAGAAAACCUCUCAAAGCAUGUUCUUUAUGGUAAUUCUAAUUGAUAAAAAAAAAGUUCAUUCCGCGCUUAUGGACCAACAAAUUUUUUUAAUAUUGACCUGUAUCAAUGAAUUGUCAACUGUAUAAUUGAUUUUGUUAAUGUGAAUAUUAUUUUAUCAAUGGGCUAUACACCCUUUCACGGUUACAAGAGUGCGCAUGCGCAGCCAGGGGCGCCAAAGUUGUUUACUCGUAAUUUAAGAUGGCGCCCAUGUAAAUAUGAUGUAAGCGCACAGCGCAGGCAGUGACGAAGCAAUAUCUGAAAACAUUGAUGACGUAAUGUUUACCCGUAAAUUAAAAUGGCGGCCUUAACCGUAAAAGAGUGUAGUCAGCGUUGAUUGAGUUCCUUUACAGUCUGUUGUUUGAAAUCCUACAAAACGUGUAAUGAAAAUAAAGUUGAAGUGAAAUAUCAAUUAUUACUUGAUAUUGAAUACGGAUCGACAGUCGAUAGAUUAAAUGACAAAAAAGUUCCAAACGUCUAGCACAAGAUCUACAUUUUAGCUUGCACAAGAUAUAUACUACGAGUUUAUUUGUGUUGCAUUUAAAAUAUAUUUGCCAUUUUAUCUCCUUAACUUUGUCUGUAUUUGACCAAUCAGAGCCUACCUUUCAAAAUUGUAAACGUGAAAAUCUAAAUGCUGAUUGGCUAUUACAAUAUUUGCGUUUGAUUGCAGAAAGUUGCAGGCCAUUUCCACUUUUAAAGGACAUUUUUGGUACAAGGGAUGUUAUUUUUAAAAUUUCUAAUGCUGCAUGUGGCAGUUCAUGAUAGGUUGUGUCAGAAAUAUAUCGGGAAUUGGAUGCAAUACGUCAGUGGUAAAAGUUGAAAUGUCAUACCGGCUUUUUAUGAUGAGAAUUUAAAGUACACGAAAUUAUGUUGGUAGUAACAGCGACAGUUGUAAUCUUUUAUUGUGCAUUGAUUUGUAAAGUGAGUUAUUAUAUUAUUUUUGUAUGGGGUAAAUGAUAAUCUGUAUAAUAUGAUAAUGAUGAUGAGAAUGGUAAAUUAUGAGUGAUGAUGAUGAUUAUUAUAAUGAUGAUAAUGGUAUUCAACAGUUUUGAUACUGUUAGGAUUAAUAUUGCUAAUCAUUAUUAUUGUCAUUGGUUGUAUUCAUUAUCUUCUUCUCCAUCAUCGCUAUCGUCGUCAUCAUCGUUGGCAUGGUGGGCGUUUUCAUCAUCGUCUUCAUCAUCAUCAUCAUCCCAAUCAUCAUCAUUAUCUAUUUUUGAAUCACUACUGUUUAAAUUAUAUUUUUCUUCACCCUUUGUAUGUAAGCUUUCGAGCAAAUUUUUUAAAUAGACAUAUAGCAUUCCCCUUGUUUCUUGAUUGAAUUCAUUUGUAUUCCUCUAAAUAACUGAUUAAAAUUGUGAAGAUUAUAAUUAUGAGUUAUCCCUUUUUAGUAUCGAGUGGUUUAGGUCGUCUUUAUUUGAGUGUUGGUUCAGUUACCUUUCAUAUGAUAAUUAUGAUGAGAACAAUAAUUAUGCUGCUAAGGAAUGUUUUUAAUUCAUUUAUGAAAGAUUAUAUUGUAGCGUUUUAUCUUUCGCCUGCUAACCAGUCAACAGGGUAUUUUUAAUAUUAUUCUUUCACGCAGUCAAUACGCAUAAAAACUGUCGCUGAUGCUCAUUGCUGUUACUAUUUCUACACUUAAAUGCAAAGCCGUUUAUGAGUGAUGGAAUAAUUUGUCGCUUAAGUGGCUGCUCAAAGUCCUGUUUUAUACGAUGUUGAUGCUAAGAUUUGUAUUAACGAAAAUGUUUGUUAGAAAGAUUUAUUUCAGAGAGGAACUGUAUAGCACCUUAAGCGCUUUAUACGCUAGUUAUUACCAAACGGAAUAGAAAAUGCCUUUUGUUUAUGUGUGAAAUAAUUUGUGUGCAAUGUCUUGUAGUAUGACUUGUUCGAGAGAUACCGGCAUGUUUUUCAUGAUAAAAGGGAUGAAUUAAGUUUUGCCUUUUUAAUGUAUAGAUUCAAUAUGUUGCUGAUCAAGUUCAAGUGCCUCUUGAGAAAAUUACGUGCAAUGUUUAUAGAAAAAAGGAAAAGCUAGAAGAAAAAACAAUUAUACGUGCAUUGUAGAGUUAGUAUUCAGGUUUAAUAAAGAAAACUAGGAAGGUUUCAGUUGAAUUAUAUUAUGUAUUCAGUGUACAGAUAGAUUUUUAUUGAAUUGCUUUAUUAUUAUAAUCGUAGUUUUUAAAACUCACAUUAAACGAUUGUUAUUGAAGGAUGAAGAUAGUAAGAUGUUGGUGAAAAUCUAAUCUUAAGAGAAAGGAUGUUGCGGAGCUUAUCGUGCGGCUGCAAAUAUCUUUCAAUUGAUUUUAAUGCUAUUUUGAAGCUGUGUACAAGAUGGAUAUUUUCGUUAGGGUUAUGUUUUGCCUUUUGCUGUCAUAUUGUGAAUAAAUCUUUGUCACAGUAAUAUUAUUCAUUUGUGUUAUCUUAAUUUUUUGCUCAUGAGUUUAACCGGGUACAUACAAAUACAAAAUAUUUUCUUCCUGUAUUUUAUUCACUUUGAGAAAUAACUCAAUAACUAUCUAUUUCUGUUUCUAUACCUCACUUUUUAUUCUGUAUUUUAUCUUCCGCUAUCCCACUUUUCCUACAUCUAUACGUUUCAAACACACACACACCCAUACACACCCACAAAUAUAGAAAAAUAACAGAACAAUCCACCCCCACCUAUUGAAGUACAGUGUAAAUGCAUCGUAGUACAGUUUCAUGCAAUAAAGACAUUUUGCAUAUCCA